UGAAGCUCGUGCCGAAAGCGAGAGUCCGGGCAGGGGGAUCAAACCGCGCGGGGACGGAGUAGUACAUGCUCCCUCUUGGAAAGUAAACAGGACAUAUAGGCUGCUAUUAUAACACGUCGUAAGAGUGAAGAUGGUGAAGAUGAUGAAGAAUGUUUGCGCUGAAGGAGGUCAUCCCGGAAAAUACAAGCUAUGGUAGAUUAUUAUAUUUGGACUAUACCAUACUAAAACUAAAAAUUUACCCGGCGUUUUUAAUUUUCAAUAAGCAAGGAAUGGCGAAAUUUGCAUCGGAACGAGGUAGAACUGGACAAACCAUCGGACGAGAGGAAAGAAGACACUGAAUGAAGACCUGGCUGGCGGGAAGGAGCGGCAGACGUGUGACAAGUCUUUUUUUUUUCCUUUUUCCUUUUUUUUAAGCCGUUGUGCUCCAGUAUUGCGGCUAAUGAGAUCGUCUUAGGAGGGGGGUGGCUGGACCACAGUACUGUCUGAAGGGAAGGAAACGAGAGGGGGGAAGGCCUGCGUUUUUUGCGAGGGAGCCCCAGCGUGUAUGUUUGUAAUUUACAGUUGCGCUCGCUCACAGGGACCAUGUGGUUUACACUGAGGAGAAGCCAUCUCCCCUCACAGGACUGGCAAGGUGCCCGCGGCUGGACCAGUCUCAAUGCGACAGUGUCCUUGUGGAUAUUAACUUUCUGCUGGUUCUCCGGGGCCACGCGAGGACAAAACUACCACCCCACCGUGAACACGCAGUAUGGGAAACUGCGGGGGGUGAGGGUGGCCCUGCCUAGCGAGAUCCUGGGGCCUGUGGACCAAUAUCUGGGGGUGCCAUAUGCUGCCUCCCCGGUGGGGGAGAAGCGCUUCUUGCCCCCCGAGCCCCCUUCCUCCUGGUCCGGGAUCAAGAACGCCACACACUUCGCCCCCGUCUGCCCGCAAAACAUUCACAACGCAGUGCCAGAGAUCAUGAUGCCCAUAUGGUUCACCUUUAACCUGGAUAUAGUUGCCACGUAUAUACAGGAUCAAAACGAAGACUGCCUGUAUCUCAACAUCUAUGUUCCCACUGAGGAUGUCAAAAGGAUAUCCAAGGAAUGUGCCAGGAAACCCAACAAGAAAAUGUGUAGAAAAGGAGGCACCAAUGCAAAAAAACAGGGCGAGGAUUUAUCCGAUAACGACGGUGAUGAAGACGAAGACAUCCGAGACACCGGGGCCAAGCCCGUGAUGGUCUACAUCACGGGGGAUCCUACAUGGAGGGGACGGGCAACAUGAUCGAUGGCAGCGUUCUGGCCAGCUACGGGAACGUCAUCGUGAUCACUCUCAACUACCGCGUCGGCGUCCUGGGUAAGAAGCACUCCAUCUCU